UAUCACUCUUUCCUGCAUCCUAUUGCUCGUAUUUCACCCGAUUAAUUUGCUCUCUGAACUGUGCCGAAUUCUAAGAAUCAACUGAUAUGGAGGAGUACAGCCGGGAGCCAUGUCCCUUUCGCAUCAUCGAGGACUGCGGCGGAGCCUUCACCAUGGGUGCCCUGGGCGGAGGAGCCUUUCAGGCGAUCAAGGGCUUCCGCAACGCCCCCUCCGGCCUCAAUCAUCGCCUGUGGGGCGGCCUUGCGGCGGUAAGGGCCCGAUCCGGCCUGGUGGGCGGGAACUUCGCGGUGUGGGGCGCUACUUUCAGCGCCAUCGAUUGCACUCUGGUGUACUACCGGAAGAAGGAGGACCCGUGGAACGCGAUAAUUGGAGGAGCGGCCACCGGGGGCAUACUGGCCGCUCGAACGGGAUUAACCUCGAUGCUCAGCAGUGCCCUGGUGGGUGGAAUUCUGUUGGCCUUGAUCGAGGGCGUGGGCAUUGCGGUGUCCCACUACUCGGCGGAUUCCUACCGCCAGGUGUCGCCCGUGGAGAGGCAAGAGAUCUACAAGCAGCUGCAUUUACAGCAACAGCAGACAGGCUGUUCUCCCUUUAGCGCAGACUAUGCAGAAGUUAAUUCGUCGUCAUUGUAGGAUUCUUUGCUGCGUCAUCGCCAUCCAUCCGCGUUCCGUGGGUCGACGAUUGCAUACCAAUUCAAUACGAGAUUACUUUGAUUGUUCAACGACAACGCCUCCAAAUCUGAGUCUGGCGGCAUUCCGAUUUCAAUUAAAAUUCAUUUGUCGUA